CCGGAGGCCGCGUGGGUUACGGCGGCGGAAGUAGCGCUAGCGCAGACAGUGGAAGCGUUUUGACGGCUUCCCCAGCGUGGGGAGAGAGCUGAACGCUGCAUGAGAGAGGGCGUCUGAGCUCCGGAGUGAGGGUGGCUUCUAGCUGCUUGGGUAAUGCACCGCUUACAGGAAGGAAUAGCCACGGCUGGAGGGGCGUGGGCGGGACAGGGAGCCGGGCACCCAGAGCUCUGUGUGAAGCCCAAUAGCCCAGUAUGGCCAGGCCUGGCAGUGUCAUGGCACCCAGAGCUCUGUGUGAAGCCCUUUAUGGCCAGGCCUGGCAGUGUCAUGGCACCCAGAGCUCUGUGUGAAGCCCAAUAGCCCAGUAUGGCCAGGCCUGGCAGUGUCAUGGCACCCAGAGCUCUGUGUGAAGCCCUUUAUGGCCAGGCCUGGCAGUGUCAUGGCACCCAGAGCUCUGUGUGAAGCCCAGUACGGCCAGGCCUGGCAGUGUCAUGGCACCCAGAGCUCUGUGCGAAGCCCACUAUGGCCAGGCCUGACAGUGUCAUGGCACCCAGAGCUCUGUGUGAAGCCCAGUACGGCCAGGCCUGGCAGUGUCAUGGCACCCAGAGCUCUGUGCGAAGCCCACUAUGGCCAGGCCUGGCAGUGUCAUGGCACCCAGAGCUCUGUGCGAAGCCCACUAUGGCCAGGCCUGGCAGUGUCAUGGCACCCAGAGCUCUGUGUGAAGCCCAAUAUAGCCAGGCCUGGCAGUGUCAUGGCACCCAGAACUCUGUGUGAAGCCCAGUACGGUCAGGCCUGGCAGUGUCAUGGCACCCAGAGCUCUGUGUGAAGCCCUAUAUGGCCAGGCCUGGCAGUGUCAUGGCACCCAGAACUCUGUGUGAAGCCCAGUACGGUCAGGCCUGGCAGUGCCAUGGCACCCAGAGCUCUGUGUGAAGCCCUAUAUGGCCAGGCCUGGCAGUGUCAUGGCACCCAUAGCUCUGUGCGAAGCACAGUACAGCCAGGCCUGGCAGUGUCAUGGCACCCAGAGCUCUGUGUGAAGCCCAGUAUAGCCAGGCCUGGCAGUGUCAUGGCACCCAGAGCUCUGUGUGAAGCCCAGUACGGCCAUGCCUGGCAGUGUCAUGGCACCCAGAGCUCUGUGUGAAGCCCAGUAUGGCCAGACUUGGCAGUGUCAUGGCACCCAGAGCUCUGUGUGAAGCCCUGUAUGGCCAGGCCUGGCAGUAUCAUGGCACCCAGAGCUCUGUGUGAAGCCCAGUAUGGCCAGGCCUGGCAGUAUCAUGGCACCCAGAGCUCUGUGUGAAGACCAAUAUGGCCAGGUCUGGCAGUAUCAUGGCACCACCAUCACACCGUGAAAACAGAUUGUACCAUGGGAAGCCAGGCUCAUAGUAACCAAGCACACCAUACAAGGCUGUAGUUCCUAAUUCAGGGUCUGUCCUGCUCAAUGAUUGCCUGCUCUUCAUGUGGUAACACAGUAAUCUUAAACUGGCAAUGGUUCCACUAUCUCUCCCUAAAUCCUAGCUCAGUGUAAGACAGUACAGGGUAUUGGUAAGAUAAAGUAAGCGAGACCUUGUAUCUCUUUUAAUUUUAUUUAAUAUAAUGCCUGGCUGCCAGGACUGCAAGGUAUCCAUUUGUAUUCAGGUUUGGCAGACAUGUUUUUAAUAAGGAGAUAACACUGCCUGUUCAAUAAUGGGUAGUUAACGCUAGCAUCCUUAUUGCAUUAUGUUAUAACGUUCAUGUUCUGCAGUAAAUGCAGGGAGAUUAAGGAAUGUAUUUUAAAUAUAUAUUUUUUUAUUCCUGAGGAAGUAUUGUUAAUGCCGUACAUGUCACUUUACCUCCUUACAGCUCAGAUAUGGCCAGUACAGCUACUGAGAAUUCAGAGGCAACACCAUCAGAUUUCAAAGGAGACCUGAAAAUUCCUAAAGUGGAUGUCGGUGAUUAUCCACUAAAAGUUUUAUAUUGUGGAGGCAAGUAUUACCAGCAUAGCAUACAAAUUGUUUGUUCACAUACCCUCAGAUGGAAAAAAUAUUAGUGAAUGUAUUACCUGUCUGAAGUCUGCAUCCUUGCUUUACUUCACUACAUUUGCAUAGUGCCUGCAAUGGAUUUAAAUGACUGUUGUGCUUAACGCAGAAAAUGUUUAUUCUGAAUCGCAUCACUGUUCCCACUGUGCCUCCUUGGCUGAGAUCAUUAAUCUCAGCCAACCCCUUGCUUUCUCAUAGGAGACAUGCAGUGACUUGCUAUAACCAACAGAAAAACUACAUUAAGCUGUGGUGGUUCUGGUGACUAUAGUGUCCCUUAAGGGGCACAGCUUUAGAAGUAAAAUGCCAGCAAGCAGAAACAUUUCCCUUGUGUAUUUAAAGGGUUUAUGUCACUGCUUAAUUAUGCUGCAUGUGUUACAGUGAGAUAAUAGAAUCUGUUUCUGAGAUACAAGGUUAUCUCACAAUCCAGUUUACAGAAGUCAACAUAUCUUGGUUUGGACUGUUACACAGUAGUAGAAUUCUAUAUGUAUAGCACAAAAUAAAAGCUGUCUAUUUAGAUGUUACAGAAAUGUUGCUGGAGGUCCAUUUUUGAAAGAAAGUCUUGUGUAGUUAUUGUAAUAGUUUGUGUACCAUUGCUUAGUCACUGGGUGAUUUACCUGAAAGUGUUAAUGCAAUGUUUUAUUACAUCUUAAACCUUUUUUUCCCCCCUUCUCUACAGUGUGUUCAUUGCCAACUGAGGUAAGAACAUUUGAAGACUGUUUGACUGUCUUCACAAUACAGUAACACAUUUUUAACAAUUUAUACUGUACCAUAUAUACUUGUAAUUAUUUAGUUUGUUUAUAUAUCAAGUAAUUGAUAACAUAAAAAUGCAGAUUUAAGAGGGCCUGCUCUAUCAAACUCACAUUCCUUAGUUGACAUCUUUGGGCCCAGAUUAUUUAGUGUGUUAUACCUGUGUGCUAGGUAAGCAUGCAGUUAUCAUGGGUCUCUUUAAUUCUAACUAGACUGAUGGUCAAAACUUUCAAGUCACUCAGAAAUGCCCUUAUUUCUCAAUGCUUUCCUAUGGACGCUCUGCACGCUGGAUGCAAAAAUAGCAUCCAGGGUCGCAAAAGCACCUCUAGCGGCUGUCAGAAAGACAGCCACUAGAGGUUGGAUUAACCCUGCUAUGUUUACAUCUGAAGGGUUAAAACCUGAGUGACCUGGCACCCAGACCACUUUAUUGUGCUGUAGUGGUCUGGGUGACUAUAGUUUCCCUUUAAGGCAGGGGUCCUCAAACUCUGGCCACCCAGGUGUUGCUGAACUACAACUCCCAUGAUUCUUUGAAUUACAUAGAUAGCCAGAGAAUCAUGGGAGUUGUAGUUCAGCAACAUCUGGGGGGGGGGGGCGGAGUUUGAGGACCCCUGCUUUAAGGGAUUACUCCAACCACUAUAGCCACUUCUUCUUUUUAAAGUAGUCAUGGUGGUAGUAGUCUGGAUGGGCAUUGUUUCAGAGAUAGUAAUAGUGUGCUGGGGAGGGAGUUGCACACCCAGCACGUGUGGCUUAGACCGUCCAGAACUCUGUUCCAGGCUGCCUAAUGUAAAUUCUGUGCAUAAAUUACAUCUGUUCAUCAGGGCGCAUUCCUUGCUGGGUACAGAUAUAACUGCUUCUGCCUGCAAGAGAGAAGCUUUUGGCUCCACUAUCUCCCACACAAUGGGAAACCCUCCCAAUCUCAUAUGCAAUUUAAUUUAUUUAAAUCACCACUCUCCAAGGUUCCUUUUCCCUUUGCAUUAGAAUUGCUAAUGCCCCAGAUAUUGAACUAGUCUAAUAAAGGCCAGUUUUAUUGCUUCUUUAAUAACCACAGCCGUUUUAAGGGUUUUUUCUUAAUUGUAAAAUGGUUUUCUAAUGAUCAAUUAGCCUUUUUAAAUGGUAUAUUUGGAUCAGCAAACAGAGCGUGACAUUGGAAUACAGGACAGAUAGUUGCUGAUAAUGAGACACAGUGCGCCUAUGUUGAUAUUCCAUUAAAAUUAGGCUUUUCCAGAUACAAUAGUCAUUAACAACAUUAACAAUGUCUACACUGUCUUUCUGAUUGAUUUGCAAGAGUGUUGACUGCAAGGGUAGAAGAUGACAUAAUGUUUGCAAAAAAUGUAACUCUUUUCCGGGCUGCCUAUGUCACGUGUGCCAGGGUGUUACUAGCCCUGGCACAAAAGUGCAUAUUACUCUGUAUGUACAACUUUUCAAGCUGAAGCGCUGCACAUACAGAUUCCUUCCUCUAUGACAAUUUUUAAAAUUAGAAGUGGUCAUCAAGGCUUGAGUAAACAUUUAAUACACAAGCCUAAUAUUUUACUGAUGGCAUCAUUCAUAAUUUUGUGAAAUAAGCUGUCAAAUGCAAAUAUGUGGCUUAGACUUCUCCCAUGGAUAGAGGGACUAGUACAGUAUGGGCAUGCUGUACAAAUGUUUGGACAAACAGUGGAGGGAGUACAUAGUCAAGUGGCAGGCUUUUCAUUUGUACAUAUGUCUGCCAUUUUAAGCAACCGUGAGCAGCAAUAGCAAAACACUCGUCUUCCCUUCAGCCAUAACCUAUGCAAGAGUUUAAAGGGACACUAUAGUAACCAAAACAACUACAGUUUUGUUCUGGUGAGUAUAAUCUUUCCCUUCAGGCGUUUUGCAGUAAACACUGUCUUUUUUCAGAGAAAACGCCGUUUUUACAUUACAGCCUAAUGAUAACUCAACUGGCCACUCCUCAGAUGGCUACUAGAAUUAUUCCCUGGGGCAGUACUGCCAUUCAGUGUCUCCACCCUCUGCAUGCAGAAACUAAACAUUCCUCAUAGAGAUUGAUUCAGUGGAUUUGACCGGGGCUGGCUCUGCCCCUGAUCUGCCUCCUUGACAGUCUCAGCCAAUCCUAUGGGAAAGUAUUGUGAAUCACUUCUGAUGAUGUCAGCUGUAAGUAGGCAGAUCAGUGGCAGCAGCUGCAGACUUGAAUACAAGUAAUCUAAACGAUAUUUAGAGAGGCAAGGGGGGUUAGAUGGUGGUUUUCACCCUAUAGGGUCAGGAAUGCAUGUUUGUGUUGUUGACCCUAUAAUGUUCUUUUAAUUUUUCUUGUUUCUUGCUGUGUCUUUUAUUUAAAAAUUGUAAUCACAAUACAAAAUACUGUAUAUUGAUUGAUUUAUGUUUUUAAUAUCCCUAGUACUGUGAAUAUAUGCCUGAUGUCACAAAGUGCAGACAGUGGUUAGAGAAGAACUUUCCAAAUGAAUUUGCAAAACUUACAUUGGGUGAGUCUCUAAAUGUUUAUUUUUUAUUUUUUUAUAUAUAUACUAUUGUGAGUGAUUGCUGUAAAAGUGCACCUGUCCUUUCUUCCCUUAAUGAGUUAAAGGCAUCCAAACCACUAAAUCACAAUGACAUGGUCUGAGUGCAGUGCCCUUGUCUUUUAAAGUCUGCAGUGUAAAACAUUGCUGUUUUGUGGGAAUGGCAAUGUUUACAUUGCAGGUUUAACACUUCUAGUGCUGUCUUCCUGACAGACACUAGAUGAAUGUCCUCUGCUGUAACCGAGUUUAAUUCUGUUAUAUAUUAAAUGUUACUUGUUUUGCUGCACAUGUGCACUAUCUACCCAAUGCUUCCCUGUGAGGAUGUGUUUGAUUGGCUGAGAUCAUCAACAUUGAUCUCGGCCAAAGAGGUAGAGCGGCAGUGUGGAGAGCAGCAAGGCAAGAGCUGAACGGUUAGUAAUGCUCACCUUUCAAUACCUUAUGUGGGGAGACAAAUGUAGACCGGUAGAAGUACACUAUGGCGUUAGUAAUGUUUGUAUUUCUAACGCUAUUGGUUUCCUUUAAUAUUUGUACUCUCAUAAGUGCUUAAACCCUAUUAUACAGCAGUAUAUUGCACUGAAUUCUUGGAGAAGAAUGUACGUGUUACUAUGUACCUAAGGCACUUUGGUAUUUGUAUACAGAUCUGCAAUGGUUAAAAUCGCCUCCUACUUUGCUUGAAAAGAAUGUUUGGAUUAGCUGUCUUAACUUAAAAAAAUAUUGUAGCCAAAACACUGAAAAACAUGUUCAUCUCUUUGUUCUUUUAAAAAAAAAAAAGACAAUUUUAUUAGUGUGUGUGUGUGUAUAUAUAUAUAUAUAUAUAUAUAUAUAUAUAUAUAUAUAUAUAUAUAUAUAUAUAUAUAUAUAUAUAUAUAUAUAUAUAUAUAUAUAUAUAUAUAUUUUAACGGUCUCCUUGUAAGAGAUUAAAGCAACAAUGUCCCUGCCUGGGGACUAUGCAGCAUUCACAAAGACCCCAAACAGUAAGAUUGCUGGGGUAGGCAGGUAAAGGUGAUAAUGUGAAGUGGUACUUAUACCAAACAUAGAGGUCCACAGGCAUCACCGUGUAAGGUGAAGGCAAAAAAUAUAUAUAUUGAAGAUCAAAAAGGACACACACAAAAAAAAAACACAUUUUAGCACUGAGGCCUUGUGACUAUGUAUAAAUAACUAAGGCCUUUAGCCUGAAAUUUUUUUUUAUUUUUAUUUUUUUGUCCUUUUUGAUCUCUAUGUUGUAUUGUCUGUGGACCUCUAUUAUUAGUAGUUCCUGGUGAGCUGCAGACCCCUUCCACAGAGCUCCUUUGUAAAUCUAUUUGUGUGCAGCACUCCUUUGACUUUGGGUGUUAUACCACUCCUAUCUUGUGAGUUAUAUUCAUACAUAAACAUUUGAAUUUGUUUAUUUUACUGAUUUGCACUAUUAGUAUCUUUAUUUCUGAUUUAGGUCUAAGAAAUUAAUUUUGUUGCAUAAGUAUUACCAAAUUGUGUUGAGCCCCAUUUAGCGAAUGACAUUUGUACUCUUUCGGUUUAUAAUUGUUUAUUGGAUUGCAUUAUUUUUAUACACAUUUUUACUUGGCAGAGUUUUUUUAUUUUGCACUCUUUAUGCAUUUUUAUUCUACUUUCCUGAAUCUGUCCCUCAAGGGCGCGGCCAUCUUCUUUAGGUGGAUCCUCUUCAGAAUCGUCAGGAACAGACGUCACCCUCUCACAUUGAGGUCUAUAGAGGAUCCUGCAAGAUCGAGGAAUCCUCUAUAGAAAGAGCCAAUUCCCUGCAGCCGUCAUAUUCUAGACAGCAGUUGCUCCACCCAGUGUCCAGAAGUGUCAGGAGGACAAAAUAUACAGAGACAAAGAAGUCUCUACUUUCUUGGAGUAUAUCUCUUGACAGGGUUGCAAUUUCAGUGAAAUUCCAACACAGUCAAAAUGGGUAUUGCAUAAAGAUUUGAUCUUUAUGAAACUCAUAUUUCAGAAAGGGGUGGGGGGAGUAACAGUGCACUUCAAAAAACACUCUUUUGUCCUGCAGACAUUGAUUGUGCCAAAAGCUGGAACUCUUUAAUGCUGCUUCUCAAAUAAUUGUGGCAAAAAGCCUCUAUAUUAUAGAAUGUUUGUUUUUUCCCCCACUGUUUACAUAUGUUGUUUGUUUGUUUUUUUAAUAAGGAAAUUCUCCUAAGCAAGAAGCUGGUAGUGGCGAGGGACCUGGCACAGCUGGUGAAGAAGAGGAAAAGAAAAAACAAAAAAGAGGUGAGGAAUAUAGAAGCAUUGACUGUGAUGGCCUAUAAGUACCAUUCGACCCAUCUAGUCUGCCUGAUUUUUUUAAUACUUUCAUUAGUCCCUGGCCAGAUCUAUCUAGGACAGCCUUAUUCAUAUCCCAUGCCUAAACUCCUUCACUGUGUUAACCUCUACCACUUCAGCUGGAGGUCUAUUCCAUGCAUCCACUACCCUCUCAGUAAAGUAUUACUUCCUAAUAUUAUUUUCAAACCUUUGCCUCUCUAAUAUAAUUCUAUGUCCUCUUGUUGUGGUAGUUUUUCUUCUUUUAAAUAUAGUCUCCUCCUUUACUGUGUUGAUUCACAUUGUGUAGUUAAAUGUUUCUAUCCCUCCCCCCCUCCUCCCCGUCUAGUCUUUCUUCCAACUUAUACAUGUUAAAACCCUUUAACCUUUCCUGGUAAGUGUUUUUUGUUUUUUUUCCCCUGCAAGCAAUUAACUAGUUUAGUAGUCCUUCUAUUUACUCAAAAGUAUCCAAAGUCUCCAGUACUCUUACUCCAAGUGAGGUCUCACCAGUGUUCUGUAUAAUGGCAUGAGCACUUUCUACUGCUAAUACCUCUCCCUAUGUAACCGAGCAUUCUGCUAACAUUUCCUGCUGCUCUAUUACAUUGUCUGCCUACCUUUAAGUCAUCUGAAAUAAUUACAUUCAAAUUUCUUUCUUCAGAUAUUAGUUAUAAUUGUAUCAAAUAUUUUAUGCUCUGCCAUUGGGUUUUUACGCAGAAGAUGCAUUAUAUUUUCCCUCCUGGAUCAUAUAGGUGUCUUAUUAGCAAAUAUAUGAAAUGUGUCCUAUUAGUGAGAUUGUUCUGUCACUAUACUUCAAGGACAAAUGCCACCUCAAAAUUAUUUUCUAAUAUCAUUUCAUCAGGUUUUGAAAGGAAAUAGAUUUUUUUUUUUUUCUCCCUCUGAUUGGAGACAGAGCAAAACUAUGGAAAUCCUUUCUCUUGCAGCAUAAUAGGCAGGCAGAACUGUACAAAAAUAAAGAUCUUAAAGAUUUAACCCCUUUUCUUUCUCCCCUUUUUGCCAUAAAGAUCCCCAAAUGCCCCAGUUUUAUGCCUGCCUUCGGCAGGAUUGGUAGUCUGGACUCACUUUUUUUGUUUUCUUAUUACUUCUGCCUGUUCAUAUUGGGACAUGGCAGGUGGCAUGGACACAGCUGGGAGGCUCUUCAGAUGGAAAUCAUGUCCUGGUCACGAUGUAUAUAACCAAGAGAUUGUGGCGGUUUUGCACCAAUUUUAAAAAAGAAGCCCUUGGAGACUUUAUAUACCCAGACACAACUACCUGGCAGUCAGGACCAGUUGAGCUGUGUUGUAGAUUUGCUCUCACCAGUCCUUCAGCACACUCAGAGACCUAUCUUUUACUUUUGUUAUAAGCCUCUUGUCCCAUGUUUAGUUGGGUAUUUUUCUUUCUUUUCUUUUAUAGUAUGUCUAAUCCUGAACCCUCUGAGAAACCUGUAGAGAAAGCAAAAUGUCUGCACAAGUCCAGACACCUUAACUGUGCAUCCUGUUAUAUUUGUUUGAAAGAGGCAGUGGGAGAAUAUAAGAAAGCUGAGAUUUCCUCUUUCCUGUCUUGGUUCCAUUCAAGUUUCCAACAAUCUUUUGUUGCGAUAAGGAAAGUGGCUCAGUUACCUGUAACCCAUGAAUGGCACUUAAUACUGUCUUUUAGAAAUAUGCAUUAACGGGUAGAGACUUCUCUGAACAGACAGCCACUAGAGGGACUUACGGGCUGUUUCAGGUGAUUUUUGGUUGCCUAACUGACGCUAGACUUCUUGACGCUAUUCAUGGGGGCGUCCUGCAUCAGCCAAAACCCCCUUCAGAAAGCAUUGUAUUAUCCUAAAGCGAAUGCGGCCAUUGCCGCACAUGCGCAUUAGGUCUCUGGCAGGGGAGGAGCAAAGGCAACCCCGAGUCAGCGCCAAGGGACAUCAGCACUGGGCCUAGGUAAAUGACAGAAGGGGUUUUUAGAAGGAGAGGAAGAGGAGAGACUUAACCCCUUAAGGACCAAACUUCUGGAAUAAAAUGGAAUCAUGACAUGUCACACAUGUCAUGUGUCCUUAAGGGGUUAAUCUUAAGGUUUUUCUCAUACAGAUCUGUCUGCCUCUAAUAUUAAGGAAAAGGAAAUUUACUGUAUGUAUGCUUUUUUUUUUUUUUUUUGUAGUGAAGUAUAUGUAAAAAAAUAAAUAAAUGGAAAACAGAUCCCUACCCUUAUAUGAAAGUAACUUUCAGCUAUAUACAUACACCUUGGGUUCUACAGAGUUUGAAAACCAAUAGUCUCUGUGAUUUUUCACUUCCUGCACAGAAGUGGAAGAGACUUAAGAGACUGUUGGUUUUCAUACACUGUCUGACCCAAUGUGUAUGUAUAUGGCUGAAGGUUACUUAGAUAUACUAAAGGUAGGGAUGUUUUUUGUCGGUACGGGUAGAUAACCAUACAGGUUGUAUCGUGGGAGCUAGGUUAGGCCUUUAAGCGUUAACAGUAGAGGAACAAUAUCUGAAAGAAAGAAAGGCGCUAAACAAUAAGAAGGCUUGUGAGCAACGGGAACCAGCGGUGGGCCGCAGUUGUAGUUCACUGUGUAGGCUUCUGGUGGUGGCUGUUGCAUAGGAGCCUUGUCUGGGCUAUCGUGGUACGAAGGCUGUAACCUUCUCCAGGUUCCAUCUCUGCGGUGGUCCGGUGAUUUUUUUUGAGUUUCUGCGGUUUGCAAAGUUACUUGAUAGAGUCCCAUGGUAGGCUCUGCGCUCCUUGCAGGCUGAAUACUUUGUGUUUGUCUUCUCCUUUCAAGACAGUUAGGGAGCUGGUUAGUCUCCAUCAAUACUGUAUGCCAUGUUUCAUGAGGAGAGAUGUGAAUGGUUUGAGGGACCUCCGCCAGGCUAAUGUGCCACCUGAUAGGUCUGCAAAGAAUGAGAGCGACAUCAAUUCAAACAUCUACGGUGUGCGGUCUUUAACUGCUGCCAAUGUUGCUGCUUUAUCCCUCCGUUGCUGGAAGCAAAUUAUGAGGUCCCGGGGAGAAUGCAAUGCUUUUAAAAUUUGUUUCCAGUGCAGUCCAGGUACUGCAAAGGCGCACAUUCCAUUGGGAGAGGUUUGUCAAAAUGUUUUGCUCUAAAAAGUGCUGCUGAAAUGUGAGUUGUCACCAACGUAAUAUAACUUCAGGUUUCACUGUUUUCUAUAGUGAUCUACUUUUAGUUAGAUCACGUUUUAGAACAGAUAAAUCUCCCCCAAUAUUUUGAUUUCACUUCUUUCGUAUACUAUGUUUGAUGGCAGAUCUUGCAACAUAGACUUACCGGGAGCAAAUAUUGAAGAUCAAGGCAAAUGCAGGCACGUAGAUUUCUAUAUUGGAUUUUUUAUUUGCAGACUUAAUAAACAUAUGUUUCCAACAUAUGGGGAAUAUGAAAACAUAUUAAAAAUCUUAGCAAGUGAUAAUUUACAUUGCCUAGCAGGUGUGUGCCAUUAGCUUACUAAUCAGUUCACCCUGUAGGUGUUAUAUGUAAUAGUGCGUGGGUGGGGAUCAUCUGUUUCUCAGUAAUCAGAGUAAUCCUCUCUGUUAAUCCCGAUGGCUAGUAGGUUUGAGCUCUGUAUGAGUAAUUAAAUUGUUUUUGGAUUAAUGGUGACGAGUAGUGACCUGGAGAAAAGUUAUGGAUAGUUCUAGAUUAGGUGAAUACUUUCAAAUCUUGGUAUAUAGAUGUGCUUUUAGUCUAUAUCAGUCUUAAGAGUUAUGUGAAUGUGUGACACAUAUGCGGUCAGUGAUAAAACCAUUCAGGACUAGAACACGAUUACUUUUAGUAGUGUGUGUGGAACUGCACUCACUCCCAUAAAUCUGAGCCAGGGUGCUUGCUGAAUAGGAAUCAAACACCACAUUUCCAAAAAUUUAAUAAAGUAAUAGAGGUCCAGGCACUCCUUGGUUCAAGACAGGUACUUUAUUAGGAACCACAACAGCAACGUUUCGACCCCAAAAGGUCUUUGUCAAGCUGACUCAGCUUGACAAAGACCUUUUGGGGUCGAAACGUUGCUGUUGUGGUUCCUAAUAAAGUACCUGUCUUGAACCAAGGAGUGCCUGGACCUCUAUUACUUUAGAACAUGAUUACUAGCCUAGUGUGCAGUUGAUGACAGUGAGAAAACAAGAUUCCUGAGGAUGAAAGGCUGUAGUAGUGCAUCAGAAAACAAAUCCGUGUAGAUUCAAUUUGUGUGUUCUAUCAACCUUGUUGUCUUUGUUCUUUCACAUGAAAACACUACAUGGCUCUAGAAAACAUUCUGAAAAAAAAUAGCUUUAUGUCUAGAAUGCUCAGUACCACUACCAGCUUUUGGGUAGUAUAUAUGACAAGCCUGUUUUCAUUACCAAGGCCAUAUUUCACAGAAGAAAAUUAGCUCAUCUGUCCUAUCUGUCUGCUGGGUGUUAAUUCAAACCCCUACAACGUGACCAUUUCACGUAUUCACAUUAGUUUCUGAAUGCUUUGUUGAAAGCUUUUCCUUAUGCUAAUAUUUUAUUGAUAUAGGCUUGUAUUAUUUUAUUGUUUUGUUUCUGUGUCUAUCUGUACUUCAUGUUUCAUAAUCUGCAUUUAAAUACUAUCAAAAAAACUGCAAAGUGCACCAAAUUGCUAAUUAUGCAUCUUGAAACUUGAGGAUUUCAAUUCUUAUUAAAUGCAUUUUUGCUAAAUAUUUAAUUUUGCCUUUAAAAAAAAAAAAAAAAAGCUACUGCUUUUUAUUGGAAAAGGAAUAAAAUAAAAAGGGGAUAUAAAAGCGGAUAAAAGAUCAGAGUGCACAGUCCAUAACACAUAGAAACAUGAUAGGAUCAGCAUGCACAACUAUGAAAAGGGUAAGACUGAAAGGUAGAAGAGGUGUGAAUAAAAGGGCAAGCAAGGGCACUCCUGGCAUAAUCGCUGCUACAGCAAGGUGUAGUGGUUAUAGUGAUUGGACUGCUUUUUUUUUUUUUUUUCCUAUAUAUAUUUAUAAUUUUCAUAGAAGCGCCUUUAAAUUGAUAUGUAAAUGCCUGUUUGACAUGAAAAGGGUAGGAUAUUUAAAUGUAUUGUAUUAGUCAAGUCAUAACCUCUCAAGUUAUUGUAAGUUUUAUUUUAUUUUUAUUUAUUUAUUUUAAAUCAAUAAACUUUGAUUUGCCGUGUAUAGCACCAUGAUAAAGCAAAUGUAGACACCGGUGUAGACAGCAGAGUGUGCAUGGACAGAGUGAAAUCUGGAACAUUUUGAUUAAUAAUACUGGUUUUGCAGCAUGGUUUCAACAAGUACAGUAUAUACUCGAGUAUAAGUCUAGUUUUUCAGCACAUUUUUUGUGCUUAAAAACCCCCACUCGACUUAUACUCGAGUCACUGUCUGUAUUAUGGCAACUUAGAGAGCCGCGGCCGUCAGAGCCAUGGCAACGAUCCGCGCGGCAACCAGACCUCGAGACUUACAGUGGAGCUGACCAGAACGGAGGAGAAAGGAGCUGACAGGAGCUGACAGGAGCUGCAGGAAAGGUAAGUAAAUGCUUCCUGCUGGCCCCCCCACUUCACAGCCCAUGCCACUGGACCACCAGGGAUUAAGAUAGCCCCCCUCCCUGACCAGUUAACAAGCAGGGAGGGGGGACAAAAAAAAAAUUAAAAUAAAAAAAUAAUAAUAUUAAAAUAAAUAAAAAUUAAAAUAAUAAAAAUGCCCUCCCCCCACCCAGUUCACACACUACACAAACACACACUCUGCAUUAUAUACACACUCUGCAUUAUAUACACACUCUGCAUUAUAUACACACUCUGCAUUAUAUACACAGUGUGUGUAUAUAAUGCAGAGUGUGUGUUUGUAUGAGUGUGUGUGCGUAUAUAAUGCAGAGUGUGUGUUUGUAUGAGUGUGUGUGUGUAUAUAAUGCAGAGUGUGUGUUUGUAUGAGUGUGUGUGUAUAUAAUUAUAAAAAUCACAGAAUUUCAUAGCCUCAAGAUUUACCCUCGACUUAUCCACAAGGCAUAGCAUUUUUCACAAUUGUUGGUCACAAAACUGCACUCGACUUAUACAUGAGAUCGACUUAUACACGAGUAUAUACGGUACAUGAUUUACAUUAAAGGACUAAAAGAAUUGAGAGCCUGCUAAAGGCUGAAAACAAUGAAUAUGUUAAAUCUCCAGUACAGCAUAUUUCAGCACCCCCCUAGGUUUCCAAACUCCUAUGUCCCCCAAUGUUGGCACAGUUUCAUAUUUGCUACUUUGAAUAGGAACUCUGAACAUUCAAUUAAACCAUGGUCUUGCCAUUUGCUUUGAUUAUCUCUUUUCAAUAUGUAAACAAACAAGGGUGUUACAGAUGGAGAAAGAAUAUAUAGGGGGGAGGAAAUUAGGAGGAGGUGUGAAAUAUGGGUAUUGAAACACUUUAACACCCCAUUAAUAUUUCUGACACUGAGGUGAAACUUUCAAUACAAAAAUACCUCUUCCAAUUCAAUAUUUCCUAAGGGAAAAUAAACAUAGAAAAAUAGUACAAUCCAACAUCCAAUUGUGUAAUCCACUUAAAAUCUGGAAUUCAUAUACCAUAUUGUUUUAAAAAGAUUCUUCUCAAUUCUAAAUCAAUGUCCGAUUCUACUCUAUUCUAAAUCAAUCUCUUGAUCAAAGCAAAAGGGCCAGAAUUCUUUGGCAAUGUCCACUAGUUGUUUGGAUUUUGUUCCUCAUAAACAGUUCACAUAUUGCCCAUUUUGUAGAAGACACAAGACUCUUCUUUUGCAAAACUGCGUAGAUAGAAAAAUCCAGCCAUGAGUUCUAGGCAGUUUAUAUACAGGUCUCUUCUGGAGACAAUCUGCCUCCCGUGGAAUUUUUUACGCAAGGGCUCUCCAACCAAAACUACUUGUUGGACUCUAUUAGUAGAUCUGCAAAAGGGGUGAAAAUUGCCUUUCUGUUCCAUGUUUGUACGUGACCUAGCCACCAGAAGAGAUUGUCUCUUGUAUGCGGAGUAAUAGCAAAUUUUAGUCUGAAUAAUAAAGAACAUUGCAUAAAUGUUCAACUUUCAAUCUUUGGCGGGCACAGUAAUGUCGAGGGGCCAGAAUAAUAGCUUAAAUGAAGGACAAUAACAGGUCUACAAUCUGCGAUGUGAUGAAAACAAGUUGUUUGUUUUAGAACUGAUCUGAUCUUUUUCCAAAUAGUUUUUAGUUUCCACAUUGAGAUAUGCCAAGUUGGAAUUCACUAUAAAUCUGAGAAAUUCUCUCUUGUGAAAGUGUUAAAAUCGAGUUUGGUUUUAUUUUGUAAUAUUUGUUUUUGUGGUUUAUGAUGAAACAAUGACUUGCUAGUGGAUUCAAUGUACAUUGAGAAUGAAUGUCAAGAGUAUCUACCCUCUGCAGUACAAUGAGGAGAAUUUGGUCUCAUUCCCCAGCUACUACUGAUUUGAGCAGUUACGAUCUCUUCCAGCCCUUCCGAAAACCUUUUGUGCUAAAACCCUUCUUUAGAGAGGUUUCUGCCUUAUCUAAAGAUUACACUUUUUCACAUAUUUACCUAUGUAUUUAAUGAAAGUCUCUCCAAAUAGACCUUUUGCAGCUGGGCCAGGCUCUGUAUUGGCUAUAUUGGUAAGUUGUGGUUCAAUUUUCAUAAGAAUGGAUCUGCGGCGUACGCUAGUCAAAGCUGGCUAAACACUCCCAGGUGAUAGACGGGAGCCCCAGGUAAUAAUUUAACCCUGCUCUCACUGAAAAGUUAGAACGUUCCAUGCUGUCCAAAUGGAGUUAAAGCUCAUUCUGUGGAGAACAGCAUGGAAUGUCCUAACAUUGGGAAGGGGUUAAUAAUGACUAAGCCACUUGGGCAGAAACCGGAAUAUCAACGGCAAAAAAAAAAAAACACACAAAUGUUUGUAAUUCUCAAUUCCUUUAUUGCUGAGUUGGUUGAUAAAACUUAAAUAAGGUUGACUUGUUUUAUUUAUAUUAAGAGUUCCCCCUCAAUCCUUUCCAUUUCUGCAGGUGGACGUGGUCAAAUUAAACAGAAAAAGAAGACUGUACCACAAAAGGUUACAAUAGCCAAAAUACCUAGAGCAAAAAAGAAAUAUGUUACUAGAGUCUGUGGUCUUGCGACAUUUGGUAAGUUUCAUUUUUGCUGUGCUCAUCUGAUUUAUUUUUUGUUCAGAUCUCUAAUGGGGUUGUGUACUAAAACUGCAUGUCUUUCAAACAUCAUUUUUGUGGCAUGGUCUCUCUGGUUUAGGAACCUUAUCCUGCUGUCCCAUGUAAUCAAUGUAUGCCAAAUAAAAAUAGAAGUAGUAGUUUAUUGCUAUCAAUCCUGAAUGCUGGACAAUAUGAAACUCUACAGAUUCUCAGUUCUCAUUCAUAUAAAUUAUGACCAUCAAACACUAAUGUCCGUUCUCUCUCUCCCCCCCCCCAAAAAAAAUAAACUACCCAAAAGUGGCAACUAACUUCAUUCAUUGGUACAGGACAAUAUCCUCCUCAUUGUUUGAUGUUUGUUAGCUCUUAGGGACUAGAAAACUGCAUUAAUUCACAGGUGGUAGGAUUGCCAUUCUCCUAUUCUGAAAAAUAUUCUCUGCUGUGACCUAGCCACUGUUCUCCUUUCCAUCCCAGUGCCAUGUCUGUUAGCUAAUAAAUCCAUUGAUUUAUCUCAUGUUAUAAGUUUGUUGCAUUUCUGGUGGGUAUGUUUUUCACUCUUUUUUUUUUUUUUUUCCAGAAAUUGAACUCAAGGAAGCACAAAGAUUCUUUGCUCAGAAAUUCUCCUGUGGGGCCUCAGUAACAGGAGAGGAUGAAAUAAUAAUUCAGGGAGACUUUACAGAUGAUAUUAUUGAUGUUAUACAGGAAAAAUGGCCAGAAGUAAGAGAUUAUGGAUAAACGAAAAUGUUUAACAUAAAAUGCAGAUUUGUAAAAGUAGUGAUUUACUUGCUAUGCUGAGUGUAAUACUUUGUAACUAAUUACAUUAUAUUAUCUAGAAAAAUUAAGCAAUUCAAAUAUCUUACAUAUAAUUUAAAAAAAUAUAUGCAUUUUGAAUUUCCUGAAUUUGUAAUCCUGUUUCAACCUCCAAGCAAUCAAUCAUGAUGCUUUUUUAACAUGCUAUUGCUGGAUUACACUUAUCACAUACAUUUCUGCACAUCAUUACUUUAUAGACACAGCAGGGGGUUCUGAGAUGUAUAGCUAAUUUGUUAGCCGCCUACUGUACAAGCUAACAGCUAAAUCUGUCUUACCCUUACAGGUUGAUGACGAUAGCAUUGAUGACCUUGGGGAAGUAAAGAAGUGAUACAACAUUGUGCCUGUAUUUAAAGACCUAAUGUUUUAGUCUACGUAGCCAAAGCCAGGGAGGUUUCAGAGAACAAUGUAUGUCCGGCUCGGUCAAAAUGUACCACCUUUUCAAUUGCAUUUUCACUACUGUAGAAAAGCUACUUUUUGUUUUUAUUUUUAAAUGCUAAGUAACCAAGUUUCCUCAUGCGACUGCAAAAUAUGUGUUUAGAGUAAUAAAAUUAAUUUGGUCAUUA